GUUUUGCUCAGCUCUACUCCACACCCAUCCAAAGGAAGAGUUUAUUUUCAAUAACCUCAGGACUCAAAAGGCAGGAGAACGGGACAAAGAAGAGAUGAACAAGAAGGAGGUGCUGAAGCUAGCGAAGGGGUUUAGAGGGAGGGCGAAGAACUGUAUAAGAAUAGCAAGGGAGAGGGUGGAGAAGGCGCUUCAGUACUCCUAUAGAGACCGCCGCAAUAAGAAGCGCGACAUGCGCUCCCUGUGGAUCCAGCGGAUCAACGCCGGAACCCGCCAGCACGGUGUGAACUAUGGCAAUUUUAUGCAUGGGCUGAUGAAGGAAAAUGUGCAGCUGAACAGGAAGGUUUUAUCUGAGAUCUCUAUGCACGAACCAUAUAGUUUCAAAGCCUUGGUUGAUAUCUCCCGAGCUGCUUUCCCCGGCAAUAAGCCGCCAGCCAUCCCACCUCUCCAAGAAAAGAAGGGUCUUUCACUUCUUGUUUAAUCUUUAUUCUUUAAAGCACCAAUUGUACUUCUCAUUUAGAUGCCCCCCUCCCGGACUUGUGUUUGUUUGCGUUGGCUGAUUAUGGAGGAAAAAAAGUUGAGCCCCA